AUGGAUGGUGGACUUCCCAGUGUGGAGAGACCAUGGAGUCCCUCUGACUCUGAGCAACCUCGUACUGUGGGGGAUGGGGCCGGGGUUCAGGUGGAGGAGACGUUUACGUGUCCUGAAUGUGAGGAAAGUUUUAGCCCCGAAUUAAAUCUUAAUGUACAUCAGAGAUCUCACAAGAAUGAUGAGACUAAUCUUUCCAGAGAUCAAAUGUUUCACACGGGCAAGAAGUCAUAUGCCUGCUCCGAGUGCGGUAAAUGUUUUUCUCGUAAAUCAAAACUGGACAUACAUUACAGAUCUCACACGGGGGCAAAGCCGUAUCCCUGCCCUGAGUGUGGGAAAUCUUUUUCACGGAAAACCAGUCUUUCUGUACAUCUGAGAUUGCACACUGGGGAGAAGCCACAUUCCUGCUCCAAAUGCGGAAAAAGUUACACCCAGAAAUUAGAACUUGUUUUACAUCAGAGAUCUCACACGGGGGAGAGGCCGUAUUCCUGCCCCAUGUGCGGGAAAUGUUUUUCAGAUAAGAACAGCCUUUCCAGACAUCAGAGAUUGCACACGGGGGAGAAGUUGCACUCCUGUCCUGAGUGUGGAAAACUGUUUUCACGUAGGCCUGAUCUUUCCAGACAUCUGAGGUGGCACACGGGCGAAAAGCCAUAUCCCUGCCCUGAGUGCAGAAAAUGUUUUCCACAGAAAUCAAAACUUGCUGUUCAUCAAAGAUCUCACACGGGGGUGAGUCCAUAUUCCUGCUCUGAGUGUGGAAAAUUAUUUGCAGAGAAGAGCAGUCUUUCCAGACAUCAGAGAUUGCAUACGGGCGAGAACAUGCAUACCUGCUUCGAGUGUGGGAAAUGUUUUUCACAAAAAUCAGACCUUGUUCAACAUCAGAGAACCCACACGGGGGAGAAGCCGUUUUCCUGCCCCGAGUGCGGGAAAUGUUUUGCGAACAAGUCCCAUCUUCGCAUACAUCAGCGAUCUCACACGGGGAAAUGUUUUUCACAGAGGUCCCAUGUUUACUCGCAUCAGAAGUCUCACAUGGAUGAGAAGCCGUAUGCUUGUUCAAAGUGUGGAAAAUGUUUUUCACGGAAGUCCAGUCUUGCUAAACAUCAAAUAUGGCACACGGGUAAAAAGCCGUUUUCCUGCCCUGAGUGCGGGAAAUGUUUUUCAUGGAAAUCAGACCUUGUUAUACAUCAAAGAUCCCACACGGGGGAGAGGCCAUAUUCCUGCUCUACGUGCGGGAAAUGUUUUUCACAGAAGUCUCAUCUUACCAAACAUCAGAGAACCCACGCAACCCUUGAGGUGUAUUAG